UCCAAGCGAGGUAUGGCGAGGCCGGUUUGCACUCACACGGCCGCAGACGCUCGUUUAGCAAGACACAAGACUGGUCUGAAAUUAAAAUUGAAUAAUGGAAGCGUUUAUAGAUGGCGUAAGAAAGCAGCCGUGCUUGUGGAAUCCAUUGCAUCCUGAUUAUCGCGAAAUGCAGAUUAAAGAUGAAGCAUGGCAAACCGUUGUUGAGCACUAUAACAAUAGCUCUAUACCUAAUAUUCAAGUUGCGAAGAUAGAAUGGAAGAAAUUACGCGACAAUCAUCGCGAUGCACUCAAGCGAGCAAAGCUUGGUAAAAACAAAUUAUUACCUGCGCAAAUCACCACCUGGAAAUAUGCUAAAGCAAUGCAAUUUCUCGAGCCGCACAUGAAGUACAGAAUAACAGAAAAUAUUGAAAUGGAUCCACCAUUUAUUAAUAAUUCCAUAAAUAAAAACAAUGACCAUGAUGUUUCAACGACAGAAAGUAAUGAAAAUAUAAUGAGUAAUUCAGCGAAGCGACGCUGUGUAGAGAAAAAUAAUAAAUAUCGAGAAGGCAAUGAUGCUUUAGAAUCCUUUUUUAAAUGCAUGUUACAAAGUACAAAAGUAAUGCCACAUUGGAUGCAAACGCAAGUAAAGAAAAAAAUAUUUGCUGUUAUUAUUGAAGCCGAGGAACACCUUUCAUCUCAAUCUGGGACUGAUUUAUGCGAAUUAAAAGAUCAAGAUUCCGUUACACAAACAGAGAAGAAAAUAAAAUGUGAGGUCUUCACGGACGAAAGUUGUGAUAAUGAUUACUAGUUAUAUAGCUUAGAUGGUUUUCACGGUCGUUGUUUUAUAGAAAAUCCUUGCUAAUUUGAAUUAUAAAUGCGAAAGCGUG